GUAGAGGUGAAGGAAAUCCUCGGUGAUCAGUUUGUCGAGUGCUCCUUCGAGUCCGUUUGUGUGGCCUUAGCUAAAGCCAUUGAGAAGGGCCUGGUGCCGGAGCCGGGCUUGCAAACUUUGCGGAACCUGGAGCCUCAUUUCGAGAAGCACGGCUUGAGUUCCAGCUCCCCACUUUCCGCUGCCUUGGGGUUGCAAGCAACUCUGAAGAUCAACGUGGUCUCUAUGGCUGGGGAGAAGACGGCACACGAGGUGGAGUCGCGGGGCCGAAUCCUCGACUUGAAGUGCAAGCUCGGCGUUCCCUUCGGGACGAAGGCCAACCUUUCCUUCAAGGACACGGUACUUGGGGACUCACAGACUUUUGCAGAUGCCGGUGUGGAAGAAGGCUCCGACCUACUCUUGGUUCAAGAGAAGAUGUCCUGGGGGGAGGACCAGAAAAGUGCGAUGAAGGACCUGAUCAACUUCCUGGAGGACGACGAGGAAGUCGAAGCCGUCGUCUUCGGUGAUUGGGGCUGGGGAAACUACGAGGAGGUUGAGGAAGACUUCCGAAUUCCCGAAAACCGACGCGGGCAGGUGCUCACGCCCUAUGAGGCCGGAUCCUACAUGGAGGGAUGGUCCUUCUUGGGGGGCCACGGUUCCCCUGAGUGUUACGCGGCCUACAUCUACACCAACCAGAGGGUGAUCUUCGUGUGCCAGUAUGACGGCUUGACGAGCUUGGAGGGGAUUCCCGCGCGCCCCAUUGCCUGCAUGCCGACCAUGCCGGGAGGGUGA